AAAACAACAAAAAUAUGGCGGCUAUGGGAUAAAACCCGUUUCCUGUAAAAUACAGAAGUUUGAAAAUCAGGGAAAUGCUGUAUUCCCACAAAAAAUCAGUAUCGCCAAUGAAGUUAGGAACGUUGGUGUUGCAAUCUCUAGAAGAUGAGCCUCAGUUGGUGCAAGCCUGUUUCCAUGGUGAUCCAGAUGAGGUGCGAGCACUGUUAUACAAGAAAGAAGAUGUCAAUUACCAAGAUACAGAGAAGAGAAGUCCGCUCCACGCGGCGGCUUACUGUGGGGAGGCGGAGAUAGCGGACCUCCUGAUUAUGAGUGGCGCCCGGGUAAACACCAAGGACAACAAAUGGCUGACUCCGCUCCACCGAGCCUGCUGCUCCAAGAGUGAUGAAACAGUCGAAACUUUACUCAGACAUCAGGCCGAUGUGAAUGCCCGUGACAAGAACUGGCAGACCCCACUACACAUCGCCGCAGCAAACAAUGCAGUCCGCUGUGCUGAGUAUCUUAUUCCUCUCCUGACCAAUGUCAAUGUCUCGGACCGCGCGGGGAGAACCAGUCUACAGCAUGCUUCAUUUAACGGCCACAAGGAGAUGGCCAAACUGUUGCUGGAGAAAGGAGCCACCAUUAACGCCUUUGACAAGAAGGACCGGCGAGCAGUUCACUGGGCAGCAUACAUGGGUCACACGGAAGUGGUGCGCAUCCUUGUGGAGCACGGGGCGGAGCUCAACUGUAGGGACAAGCAGAUGUACACGCCCCUUCACGCAGCGGCGUCCAGUGGUCAGAUGACGGUGGUCAAGUUUCUGCUGGAAUACCAGGUGGAGGUGGAUGCAGUAAACGUCCAUGGAAACACCGCCCUCCACAUUGCAUGUCUAAAUGGACAGGACCCAGUGGUGACCGAGCUUUUACAGUUCGGGGCCUCCAUCAACUCGGUGAACCAUCGCGGUAUGACCCCACUACACUAUGCUGCAUCGUCAACUCAUGGAGGAAUCUGCCUGGAGAUCAUGGUGACAGAAGGAGCUAACACCAAAGCCCAGUGCAAUGAUGGGCGAUCCCCUUUACAUAUGACUGCAGUGCAUGGUAGAUUCACUCGAGCACAGACUCUACUCGAGCACGGGGCGGAUAUAGAUGUCUGUGAUAAGUUUGGGAACACGCCCCUUCACAUAGCAGCUCGGUAUGGACACGAACUGUUAAUCAACACAUUGCUGGAAAACGGUUCGGACCCUAUGAAACGAGGGACCAGUGGCAUGCUUCCUGUCCACAUUGCGGCUCUAAACGGCCACGUUGACUGUGUGAAGACGCUGCUAGCGGCCAUGGUGAGCCUGGAGAUUGACGUCACCGAUGACUUUGGACGAACUUGUCUGCACGGAGGGGCCUGUAGCGGGAAAGUAGAUGUGGUGGAUCUUUUGUUGAAGAUGGGUGCAGAUGUGCUUUGUGCAGACCACGAGGGAAGGGUACCUCUACAUUACGCCAGUGCUCACACCCACGGAGACUGUGUGGCAUCCCUGAUCAAUGCGGGUCGAGCAGCGGUCAACAUCACAGACAGGCGGGGCUGUACCCCCCUCCAUUACGCCUCAGCCUGGGACCAUGAUGCUAAAGUUGUAGAACUUCUCCUGAAGAAUGACGCCCGACCCAGUAUCAGGGACCAUGAUGGCUUCAACACCUUACACUAUGCGGCCAUGAAGGGACACCGACUGACCCUGGAAAUGUUAUUAGACUGUGCCUCCACGGAUUUGAUACGAAGUGGAGCCCCAUUGUCCCCCGCCCACAUUGCGGCAUACAAUGGUCAUAACGAGGCUCUACAUAUACUGCUGGGUUGUAUCAUGAAUCUUGAUAUUAGGGACUCUCAUGGGCGGACCAUGCUGGACCUGGCCUGUCUACAGGGACAUGGGGAGUGUGUUGAGACCUUGUUACUGCAGGGUGCCACCAUACUGGUCCAAGACAGCACCACCAGACGGACACCACUCCACUCAGCAGCCAUGAACGGGCACACGGAGUGUUUACGGUUGCUAAUGGAAACAGCUGAAGACAGCAAUAUCGUAGAUUGUACAGAUGUUUAUGACAGGACACCUCUGAUGAUGGCUGUAGCCAAUGGUCACGUGGACACAGUACUUUACCUGAUUGCUAAUGGUGCCAUAGUCAAUGCCAAAGACAGUCAGGGCAGGACUUCUCUCCAUCGGGGGGCUGCCAAUGGACAUGAGGAGUGUGUGGACGCUCUCCUACACAACGGGGCGGACGUCAACGUCAGGGACCAGCGCGGCAGGGUCGCCACUUACCUGGCUGCAACCUGUGGACAGGUGUCCAUAUUGUCCAAUCUUCUGGCAAUGGGACCAAACAGUAGUAAAACAGAAGAUCAGCUGGGAUACACUCCUCUACACAUAGCUUGUUAUAAUGGCCAAGACAACUGUGUGGAGACAAUAAUAGAACAAGAUAAAAUAAGCGAGUUUUCAGGGAAUCCUUUCUCACCUCUACAUUGUGCUGUGAUAAAUGGAAAUGAUACAUGUACAGAAAUUUUAUUAGAAGCAUUUGGUGAUAAAAUAGUAAACCUAACUGAUGGCAAAGGGAGAACCCCAUUGCAUGCAGCUGCCUUCAGUGACCAGUGUGAGUCUAUGCAAAUGUUACUUAACCAUGGGGCCCUUGUCAAUCACUGUGAUACCACCGGGAAAUCCCCCAUCAUGUUGGCUGCAGCCAAUGGGCAUGCAGCAGCUGUAGAAUUAUUGUUGGAGCAAAAUGCUGAUCUUUCAUUAACUGAUAAUGAAGGAAAUACUUGUUUACAUUUCGCUUGUUCAAGGGAACAUGAAAAUGUGGCUCUUCUUCUAUUAGACAAAAUUCAUGAUUCCAAUAUCUGUAAUAUAGCAAAUAGUGAAUUAAAAACGCCCUUGCAUAUAGCAGCUAGAUAUGGUUUAACCCCAGUUGUUCAAGAUCUUAUAACCAAAGGCAGCAGUGUGUAUGCUUUAGAUGAGAACGGCCAUACUCCGGCCUUGGCAUGCGCUCCCAAUAACCGUGUAGCUGACUGCCUGGCCAUAAUCCUCGCUCACAUGCCUCUCUCCCCAACCCCUAACAACGUUUACCCCCGGACCGGCCGAUAUGACAGCAGUACCCCCAAUAAUACAUUCGCUGGCACAAGGACUCUGGAGCCGACAGGGGACCAGAUUAGUAUAGGAAGUCCCUCCAGUUCCGUUCAAGAUGUGAAGGAACACUCAGGUUCUUAUCAAAGCUCAGACUCGGAGUUUUACUGAACAGUGGAAAAUACAGUUCUAGAUUUGUGAAAAUCAAACAAGCACUGUAUGUGGACACUUGCAGAGACCACCUUCAGUUUUGGUAGUACAUGUAUACACAGGGGGACCAAUUUUUCACGAGGUACUAGUAUGCAGAUGGGAGUUUGUUGUUUGACCAGUUAAAAUUGCUUGCUACAGUUAUAAGAAAUGACCACUUUCCAUAAGAAUGAACAUGCACAGAAAUGUCCUCCCAAGCGUUUCCUAGAUUGGUCUUGUCGUGAAGAAGUGGAAGUGGGACCACCAUGGUUGAUUACUUGUAAUGUGUUUGACAAGCCUCUCAGAUGUCCUGCUUUCCUAUACGGUGCUUUGAAUCCUUCCACAGCUUGCACUGUCAGAUCAACUGUCGAGAAAUCUCACUCAAAAUAAAUACAACUGUGGUGUCGAAUAAAAGAGGAUGAGUGUAAAGAAUUGUAUGACCUUUGUUAUCAUGUUUUUCAGGGAUGUGAUCUUGAAAGAGUUUUUUGUAUCUUUAAAAAUUAUUAAUUUUCAUUUUUAUAAUCUGCUUUAUGAUAUGAAGUUGUGUAAAUUCUUUGAAAUUAUUGUCAUGAAUUUGUUAUUUGUUGCAUAGAUUUUUAUUUUCAAGAGUGUUUCAUGUUAUUCUGAUAGUGAAGUAAUAUAAGUAUCCUGAUUUUGGAGUGUGGGGAUAAACUAAUGAAUUGUUACCUCAAUACCGGUAGUUGUUUUGUAGUAGAAAACCUUCAGUGGAUGAUGUCCUGUUUAUCCUUUAAAGGCGUAACUUUAAAGAAUUCUAAUGUAAACCUUGAAAUACAUUUUUGCUCUAUUGCAUGUAAAGAAAAAUAGCAUAAAAGAUGACAGUGUUGUAAUGCAAACUAAGCACUGCCUACAUUUUCAAAAAAGUCAUUUCUUGAAGCUUACAAUAUGACACUUCCACAUAAACAUUGAUUCCCUUGUCAUAGGGCCACCUACUUAUUUUGAUGAACUUUAUAAAUGUUUAUAUUAAAUGAUUCUGAUUAGAGUUAAGAAAUAUUUGAAUUUUUAUAUUAAAAUAUGGCAGGUUGUGUGGUUGAAAAAAAUUCUGGAUUGGCAUCAGUUUCUGUGUUAGAAGAACGAUAGUUUGUGUCAAAGAAAAUAGUUUAUGUGCAGUAGUUGUUUUAUCUAUUUAAAACUGAGUUGUUGCCACAAUAUUUGUGUCUCACGGACAUUGAUAUGUACUUAAAGAAUGCCUAGAGUGUGAACUUGUUAAUAUUAUUAUGAAUUUAUUUAACACAAUAUAUGAUAUACACAGUGCAUAUGAUAUUGUUGUUAAUAGAUUUCUUUACAUACUGGGGACAUGAAAUACUUGUAUCGAAAAUAUCUACUGACAUUGUUAUUUAUGUAUGGAAGUGUCUCAUCCCAUCAGUAUUCGUCAGUUAUGCCUGACUCUAUGUUAGCUCUUUAUGUAUGUUUUAUAUACAGGGCUGGCUGUAACAGUCAAAAGCAUAUGCUACUCUCUAUACAUAGUUUGAUACUAAAAGAAUCAUAGAUAUUUUUAAGGAUAUAAAAUAAAAACAGAUUUUCAU